AUGCGCUCCAUCGCUACCCCCACGCUCUUCACGCUCCUCAUCCUCAACCUCCUCACCCCCAUUCUCGCCCUUCCCGCACUCGGUCUCCUUCCAAUCGAUCUCGACGAUUGCCACAAGGCCGACAAACGCAGCCUCUCCAUGUCUUCGACCGCUUGUCAAACCGAGCCCGUCAUGAUGUCUCACGGACAACGCGUGAGGCCCAGCGGCGAACACUCGGAGUCUCGACGCGGUGGCGCACUUCCCCUCGUCGGCGGCGUGCUCCCACAUAUUCCCAUCGGACCCAACGUUGAAUCUCCCCCGCCGACUUUUAUGGGGCUCGGGAGCCGACGGUUAAAGAAGGGGCCGAGGAGUUUCGUCGAAGAGACGGAGUAG